GCACUUCAGCACUCAGGUUUGGAUCUGAUCUGAAACUCCAAAAUGUACGGAAACCAGUAUCCUUAUGGCUGUUAUCCUCAGCCAAUGGGAGGAUACCCUCAGUGUCCACCAUGGACUGCCCCACCCCAGCCCUGUCCUCCUCAGCCCUAUGGUCCUCAGCCCUGUCCUCCUCAGCCCUGUGGUCCCCAGCCCUGCCCCCCUCAGCCCGGUGGUCAACCUGUGUGCCACCCUGCGGCUACACCUUGUGGAUGGUAUGGACCAGGUCCUAGCUGGGCAAGCUGGGGGUAUGGAUGGAGCAAUGGUCCUGGGCAAAAACAAGGACAAGGAUGUGUCUGUGGUACCAGCUGUGGCCGUGGCAAGCAAGAUGGCAAGAAAUGCAGGCACAAGCACAAGUGUGGCCACCAGCACGUCAGGUGUCACAAGAAGGGGACGGAGUGUCACGGGUCCUCCAGCAGCUCCUGCAGCAGCGACUCUGACUAGAGGAAGACGUCUGGAUGGGAGGAGACACAAGACGAGCUGCCACCCGAAAACCUUCAUCCUGCUGCCAAUCGUCAUCAUAAUCAGUUUAUCUGAUCACUUAAAAUUCAAAGUGUGUGUUUCAAAACUUUCUUUUCAAAUACUGCAGCGUUGCUUUGUGUGAAAACGACUUCAGCAUCAGUCAGUGUGUGACGCUGUGU